AACACCAAUGCACCUCAGCUACCGUGAAAAUGCAGCCAUUGAUGUAGAAGGUGGCAACAGUACAGAUGAACCUCCAGAGAGAUGUAGCCAAGUAAAUGUAGAAGUUAAAAACAGUGCAGUCAAUCAUCCAGACACCGGCAAAGAAAAACUGUCAAAUGGUGCAGCAGGAUCUCAGCUAGUUCCUUUGGAGAAAGAAGGUGACAACAGUGCAGCCAAACCUCCAGACACCAGCGAAGAAAAACUGUCAACUGGUGCACAAGGAACUCAGCUAGUUUCUUUGGAACAAGGGACGCAGAACGUCACAGUGGUGAACUACCACAUCAAGAACAUCUACAUCACAAACAGCGACAUGGUUCAGGUCGGUGACUGUAAUGCCAUACAGAUGUCACAGACGGAGGUUGGGGAAGAUAAUCUAGAGGAAGAGGAGGAGGAUGCAUCUGGUGUGGAAGUACCAACACGAACAGCCCACAGCCAGCUGGGUACAGCUGCAGGCACGAACACUGAUGAGAACACUGACAGACAUGAUGACUCGCACCUGGAGGAAGAAGACUAUGCUGCUGCAGCACCACUUCAACAAGAUGGACCCCCAGAUCCAAGUGAAGUUGAAUCUGGUGCAGAACCUGAAGAUAUCACAGCUGAAAAACGUCCAGCAGUGUCUUCUACCAUCGAGGAAGAGACACUAUCUGAUGGUCUGGAAGAAGAAGUAUCUCCUAGAGAUGGUGCACAGGGCACUCAAGACGACCAGAGUGAACGAAAACCUAUCACUACUGACCCUGAUGUACAGGCAAUUUCACAAGGAGUGGAGAUGCUGAAGUUGGACAGUUCCUCAUCAGUGGAAACUGGUCAGGGUGAUCCAGUAAAGAAGAAAGGUUUACUGCCCAGGUUGUUUCGUAGCCAGAGCGCCAGUGAUAAGACAGCUUCAUCAGAGAAGAAAGAAAAGAAACAAAGUUUCAUUGCGGACAUCAAAAAGAGAUUAACACCUCAAAAGCAGUCUCGUUCUGCCAAAAGCUCAGUUCAGAGGUCCACCAGUACUUCCAGUACUGGAGUUAAAAAGGGCGAGUCGUCGAUGAUGCCCAGAAGCAUCAGUUAUGAAAGUGGAAGGUCUGUUGUUGCAGCAGCUGGUGGGAAAAUGAAUCCUGCUGUACCUGCCAAGCCAACUACAGGCAAAUCUGCGAGUGCGAUCAAGGAUGAAGAAAGACUGGUCAGUGCCUUGCCAAACCCGCCUAGUGACAAGUUGGAGGAGAAAACUGAAAAGAAAAAGCAGAAGAAAACCAAGGCUUCAUCACCACUUGCGGCUACCUAAGUAUCUAAAUAGCAUGAAGGAUGGCUGGGUUGCCUGUCCAGAUGAGGGUUUCUGGUAAUGAAAGACCCAAAACACCCUGUCAAGGACUCAUAUUUUAGCUGCUAAUAGUGACACUAAUACAUAACAGUUUUCUAACAUUGCAAAACUGUAAUCUACAAGAUGAAAAAUGAGUUACAUUUUGUAUAAAUUUUUGGAUGUAUGUUUUAUAGGAGAUGAAGACAGUAAAACAUGUCUUCUUUUAAAGAUGUAAACUUUGCUAGAGAAUGAUGUGUAUUUACUAACAGUUGAAGGGUAUCUUCUUUUGAAGGUGUAAAGAAAUGUGCCAUUAAUACUGUUUCUGGAAAGCCAGUAUGUAUCUACACUGCAUUGCAACGUAAGAAUGGGGAAAUUCAAUUUCCAAUGAUCUGUCUUUGUAAUUGUAUAAUUGUACUUAUAUAUUGUAAUUUGUUUUAAAAAGCUUGAGCAAGUGUGUUGUCAGCAAAGAAAGAAACAGUUCAUAGGGAGACAUAAGAUAGGAUAGGUGCACAAUUGUGACUUAAAGGGGCAUUCCACUCCAGAAGCGAGUGUUAUUUUCUGAUAGAUGAUAUUUUUUGGGAUACAAAUGCACUCGACUUUUCGCAAAGUUACCUGAUUUGUCUUUUAGACAAUAUUCUUUUCUAAAUUAGAGCACCCCCAUGCGGACCCGCUUCUAAUGUACUGCGCCGUAUAUGAGUUCGCGACUUCCGUCACACCUUCUCGCUAACGGUAGUCGGGAUAAGCUUGACAAAGCAGUCAAGUGAUAAUCACACAUGUAGGGAAAUACAAAAAAAAGUUUGAAGACUAUAUCAUCUUGGGAUGGGGAUAUUUGGCCACUUAACUAUAAGGAGUUGAAAGUCGGUCAACGUAAAAUGGCGGCGCCAAAACUGCUUGUGUGGCCGACGUUGGGCACAAUUUCUCGCUAACGGUAGAACCGCUGAGCGAACGAAAGUGGUAGGGUGGCUAUCGGACAUUUAGGAAGGAACACACAAAGUUUGAAGCUCAGCGGUUCUUGGAAUCCAGAGAUGUGGUUACUUUUGUGGAUCAUUCUUCUCUAAAAAGGCUACUUUUAUACAUUAACAAAUUACUACAGAAUGACCCACAAACGUUCUAAUGACGUUUGCGCACACACAUACAGUCUACUCAAAAAGUGAUCCUAAAACAUCAUAGUAUCGAAAUCUAUACUAGUACUAACCGGUACCUGUUCCCAUGAUCAAAGCCACCUCCUCCCUCAGCAGCGCACAAUGCAUUGGAAGGGUCCUCAAGGGAAUUCAAGAACUCGUUUGCUACAAUGUUCCCUCUACGUUUAAGCUUAAACUUGUGGUAAAUUUGACCAAACAAACUUGAUUCAAACAUAAUUAUUUAUUCUCUGAGGAAUAAUAAUACUCGUUUCUGGAGUGGAAUGCCCCUUUAACAAUUCUUAGGAUGUCACUGUGGAAAAUUGUCAAGCAUUUUUAUAUCAUGAUGAUACCUUUUUUUAUCAGGGACUAUUACAUAUUUUGUAUGUAUUGUGAUAUCCUAUAGGCUGUUGAAAAAUGAUAUUUUACAUGAAGAAUGAAUUUGAAACUUUUUCAAAAGUUUGACGGUACAAGUCUUAAUACUUUAUAUGUGUAUAUGGGAAGAAUUUUACUGCAUUUAUUUUAAAAUACUUGGCUACGAUCACAUAAAAAUUGUAAAUAGAGUAAUGGUAUUCACAUUUAGAUUUUUUGUUGCAGUUGUUGCUAAUUCUAAGACACUUGUCUUAAGUAUACCUUCCAACUUGAAGGUAAAUGUUUGAUAUAAGUAGGGUUAGAAUUUCUUAUGACAAUUAGUUUUCAGUAAAACUUUCUGAUUGUAUAUUUUGACUAGUUAAACAGAAUAUGCAUAAGUCUGAAUCCCGCUUGGUCACAAUUCUAGGGAAUGCAUUCAAUUUGAUCAUUUCAUACAUUUGUAUGGUCACAUAAAGCUAGAGGUAUGCAUUAAGCAUUAAGCCUCUGCACGUAAAAGAACCCAACACACUUACAUGUAGGAGAUGUGAUCCAUCUUGCUCAGCUGAAGCCUGAAAACUAACAGGUCCAUAUUAUAUAUAUCAAAGCCGUAUUGCACUGCUACAGCUGACAGCACUGAUACAUGUACUAUGUACAGCUAUGUAAAGAAGCUUGUUUAUCACAGUUGAAAAUAACUGUUUUACCUUGUGAUUAUUUCAUCUGUGAUGGUUGAGUCAUGUCACAUUUCUUAUUCCAUUUGCUCUGGGAUUUUGCACAGGGAAGCAAUAUUCAUGCCAUGUGAUUUAGCUUUCGAUAAAGUUUACUCAACACAAGAGGAAUAUGGGACCAAGUGUAAAAAACUAUUUGUUGUAUAGUUGAUUUUUCAACCUGAUAAUGGUGUUGAAAUUGAGUAUAUUCCAUUUUGAAGCAAUAAUGAUGGAUAUUAAUGAAAUGAUCAUGCACAUAACGUUUUUGUCAGUAUAGCUAAGUGAUAGAAAAAUGACUCAAGUUUUGAUUCCAUGUGAAAUCUGGCGUGCUUUGAACACAAAUUGAAUCAGUGUCUGUGACAAUUUGAUAUUUCAUGAGUCAUUUGACAAGAAAAAUUGAGAAAUCAGAUGAAAUGUAAAUAAUAUUAAAUAUAUGACAGCUGUACAUUAUUUUACAAUGUACAGUUGAGAUCGAAAAUACUGUCAAAGCAAAUAAUUAAAAACGAACUUUAUGAAUAUAUAUUUUGAUUGCCUAUCCUUGAA